AAGUACCAUAUAAAUAUACCAUAUUUUUCGCUGCAUAAGACGCACCUAGAUUUUAGAGGAGGAAAACAACAAACAUAUUCUGAACCAAUGGACUGUAGAUAUAGUACAGGAGAUGACCAGAGACUGCAGGCAUAGUACAGGAGAUGACCAAAGAUUGCGGACAUAGUACAGGAGAUGACCAGAGACUGUGGACACAGUACAGGAGAUGACCAGAGACUGCAGACACAGUACAGGAGAUGACCAGAGACUGCAGACACAGUACAG